AUGGAUGCCCCCUCUUUUGGUUGGAUUAAAUGUAAUACUGAUGGUGUCUUUGAUGAUACUUCUGGAGCAAAUGGUGCAGGGUAUGUGAUGCGAGAUUUCUCAAGAAAAGCAACCUUUUGUGCGUCCUUAGUCUUUGAAGUACACUCUGCUGAAGAAGCCGAAGCAAGAGCCAUCUGGGCAGUACUUAAGAAAGCCUUGGAGCAACAGUUAACUCACAUCAUCAUUGAAAGUGAUGCAAAAUUCCGCAUCGACCAAUUUUCAGCUGGGAAUUUUGAAGGGAAUUCGUGUACAGAUGCAAUCUUUAAGGAUAUUCAACUUUUCUCUUCUAAGUUAGUUGCGUGCAUUUUUAGUUUCCAACCUCGUUAUUGUAACUCUGUAGCUCAUGAACUUGCAAUGUGGGCUAAGAAAAACAAUUCUACUAUAUACUGGUUUGCCCCUCUUGUUUGGCUCCUACCAACAGUUGAGGAGGAUCAUUAG